AUGCAGAGAAUGCAGCUUUCGCGUGAAGACUUUGACAAUCCAGAGGUCGCUGGGGCGGUGAACCCCCACCCCGACUACGGUUACUUUCACGGUCCCAUCCCGAAUCCAAACCCCACCUGGCGCCCACACCCGGACCCCCGCACACCUGUGACCACCGCGGACAACGAGAAUGCCCCAACCUCCUGGUUCAAGGCUGUAGGUAUUAAUAGCAUGGUAUGCGACAUCGCAGUCAAUGGCAACCAAAUGUGUGGCCAGCCCGUCGGUUCUCAGAUUGCUCUUCGCCGCCACAUCCGGAACGCCCAUCCCGGUGCCACUCUUAAUCCCUUCCGCACCAACAUUCCCCAGGCCGAGCGCAUUGCGGGUGAAAACGCUUUAAAGCGAUGGAUCCUUAGCAGAGGAUGGAGAACUGCCCGUUACGUGAAGGAGCCUGGUGAGGGUCCUAUCCAGGAAGAUAACGACUUUGCUCAGCAGUUUGGGACUGAGUUCCAUCGUCCUAGGCUGGUAUAUGCAGCCAAAUCUCCCCACUACCCUCUAGCCACCUACCCCACGUCUGCCCCCAAGCGCAAGCGUGCUCCACCGAAGAAGGGUCACAAGGAACUUGUAGCCACCAGUAGCCGGAAGCAGCCGGCGCGCGGCAAGAAGAAUGCUGCCGAGUCAGUGCCGGAGACUGCGUAG